CCAUAGUUUAACUCGAUAGAGUGCACGCUGCACCGGCUACCAUCUGCCGUAACAGCCACAAGGCGCCCCGCAACCUUAAAUCUCUCUUCCUUCACAAAAUCUCUACUCUUGGCUCCCCACUCUCCCGCUCUUCUUCAGUGGCUGUUCACAUCUAUCUCUUCUGGCAGAUUAUAAGAAAAAUUACUCGUAAUUUCUGCAUCUUUUGGUAGAAUUCAUAAGCAUUGUGUUGAUUACCUAGGCUUGAAUAUGGCUAAUUUGUCUCCCUAGCAUCAAAAUAGAAUCAUGAACUCUUUAAGGAGCUUUUGGAGAAGGCACAAGAAGAAGGUUUUUGUUUCAUUGGGAAUAGCUGGAAGUGGGUAUUUUCUGUACAAGCUGUAUAAUGCCCACAAACGCCGGCUUGCUGAACUCGAAUUCGAACUCGCUGUGCAACGGGAGAAUGAUGAAAGCAUUAAGGCUCAAAUGCAAGAACAUUUCCAGACAAUUCAAAAAAUAGCUGACACAACAACAUUGCCUCGAGCGAUGAACUUCUUAAGCAUUAGGAUAAACGAGGAGUUAAACCUUUCGAUGUUGACUGAGAGGCUGAAACAGGGAAAGGAUGUUUUGACCCGUCCUGAGAAACUGGAACUGUGGGAUAAACUUAAAGUACUGAGUUUCACGAAAUUGGUUUCAUCACUCUGGUCGGUUACUAUGCUAAGCUUAUUUGUUAAAAUACAAGUGAACAUACUGGGAAGACAUCUGUACAUUGAUAUUGCAAGAUGCCAGGAAAACUCUCCCUUGCCAGAAGAAGCUAGCCUCAUGGAUCAGGAUGAUGAGCAGAAUUUUCUAGCCAGAGCUGAUUUUCUGGCUAGCCACGGCUUGCCUGCUUUAGUCUUCAAUAUGCAGGUUGCUGCAGCAGAAGUUCUAAAAAGCAAGCAGCUGAGCGAUGUCUUUGAUUCCUCAAUACUUCAUGAAACUAUUGUUCAAAUACUUGACACAUUCAUGAGCAUGGGAAGGCCUUGUCAUUGGAAUGAAUUCUUGAUGCCUGCGGAUGCUAAAUUACCAAGCUUAACUCCAUCCUUGAGCAGUAAUGAUUUAAUUCUUUCUGACGUUCCCAAAUUUGAUCAACUAAUGACAGAGACGUAUACAGUUUUAUCAAGUGACGAGUUCACAAACGUGGUAGAUGUAUCACUGAAAACUGUGGUGAGUGCAACAGUGGAAGGCAUUUUUGUGGAUCAAUCAGGAGCAGGAGCAGGAACACCGUCAUCAGGGGUAGCAUUGGUGAAACUAAUGCCACGAGUUGCUCAAAUGAGUCAGUUACUAGUUGAUGAACCUACAACUAAUCAGUUUGUUCAAACAAUUAAAAAUAUACAGGACGUCGAGUUGUUCUUCACUAUCCUCUAUGCAAAUGCCUUGACUGUGUAGUCACUAUCGAGAUUGUACGAUAGUUGUUUAUCUCUAAGACUCAGAUAGAUAGAAAUUGGUCUACAUUCUACACCAUCAGGCAUCAGAGACGGGACGUUGUUGAGAUGGAAGUUUGGAGAGAGAGAAACUGUCUAGCAUUCUUCCUCAUACGGAAUUUUUUAAAUGAAAGCUUUCAAGUCAAUAAAAAUACCAUCAAAACAUGUCCAACGUAAGUUGAAGUGGGUUAAAAUGAGAAACUGUUGGUUAGUGCUAGGUCACAAACAAUUCACUAUUUAGUCCUCUUUUCCGAUCGAGUUAUAUUGUAGAACUAAGUCUAUGUGCAAUAUUAUGAGUUUAAAUGCCUUAUUAUUGUUUUA